AUGGCACCACCAUCAGCAAUGUUCACCGAGGCAUCAUCUCCCAUCGACAGAGUUCAGUUGAAGCCCGGAUUUGACCUCGAAAUCACCCCUACUCAUACAACCACUCAAGGCAAAACACUUGCUGAACUUGCUGAGAAAUGGGACCAAGGAUUUACAUUUGCUCCCAUCCGUGAGUCUCAAGUCUCGCGUGCUAUGACCCGCCGCUACUUCAAUGAUCUCGACAACUAUGCCGAGUCUGAUAUCGUCAUUGUUGGUGCCGGAUCCUGUGGUCUCAGUACUGCAUACAUGCUCGGAAAGGCUCGUCCUGACCUCAAGAUCGCCAUCAUUGAGGCUUCGGUUUCUCCCGGUGGAGGAGCUUGGUUGGGUGGACAGCUCUUCAGUGCCAUGAUUAUGCGAAAGCCUGCCGAAGCCUUCUUGACCGAAAUUGGCGUGCCGUUUGAGGAUGAGGGAGAUCUUGUUGUAGUAAAGCAUGCUGCUUUAUUCACAUCCACUCUUCUCUCGAAAGUUCUCGCCUUCCCCAACAUCAAAUUGUUCAAUGCAACCGCGGUUGAAGAUCUUAUCACACGUCAAACUGCCGACGGCAAGGUCAGAAUCGCUGGUGUGGUCACAAACUGGACACUUGUCACAAUGCAUCAUGACGACCAAAGUUGCAUGGAUCCAAACACAAUUAAUGCUCCUGUCGUCAUCUCAACCACUGGCCACGAUGGUCCAUUCGGCGCAUUCUGUGUCAAGCGUCUAGUGUCCAUGAAUCAGAUCGAGCAACUCGGUGGUAUGAGAGGUCUAGAUAUGAACGUCGCCGAAGAUGCCAUCGUCAAGAGAACCAGAGAAAUUGUCCCAGGCUUAAUUGUUGGAGGCAUGGAACUAUCAGAGGUUGAUGGUGCAAACCGUAUGGGUCCCACGUUCGGCGCUAUGGCACUUUCUGGUGUAAAGGCCGCAGAAGAAGCUUUGAAGAUAUUCGACGAACGCAAAGCACAGAAUGCCUAUUAG